UAACCUCAAACAAUGACCUGCCGACAAUUGGUGCGUGUUUUCUCCCGAUAUCCUGGGCAAAAUCUCUACUCCAGACUGCCCACACAUGCACGUGCCGUCAGGAAAGUGUGCCCCCUGGCUGCCGGAUCCUUUCUGAUAAAGCAUCCGAGCGAUUUGUGGAGUGACUGUGCUACCAGAGCCUUCUCGCAGACUCUGCAGCAACGGAUUAGGUCUUCAGAGUACUCACAAUGUGCCGAAAAACCACAAAAGAGCUCCACGGAGGAGCUUGCGCCGGAACCUCCGAAGAAGGAGGGCCUCGUGGCGCGGUUUAAAAAGAUGUACAAGGAGUACUGGUACGUUUUGCUGCCCGUGCACAUUGUCACGUCCACCGGUUGGCUCGGAGGCUUCUACUAUCUCUCCAAGAGUGGCGUAGACAUUGCGACUAUCCUCGAAACGUUACACUUCAACGAGACUAUCAUUUCCCACUUGAGAGACUCUCAUCUUGGUCACCUGGCUAUCGCCUAUUUUCUGUACAAGAUCUUCACACCGCUGCGUUACAUGGUGACGUUGGGCGGCACUACGCUGAGUAUCAAAUACUUGUCCCACUGGGGCUAUAUUAAACCCGUGCCUAGCAAGGACCGCCUCAUGCAGAUUUACCAGGAUAAGAAGGCCGCCAGGAUUCAAGCUAGAGAGGACAGGCGCAAGUGAGAGUCUCUCUUGGACCUUCGCUCG